AUGGUCAAGUUUAUGAAACCUGAGAAGGUGGUACUGGUCCUGGCCAGAUGCUACUCCGGAAGCAAAGUGGUCAUCUUGAUGGACACUGAAGAUGGCACUUCAGACCAUCCCUAUAUUCAUGCUCUGGUGCCUGGAAGUGACCACUAUCCCUGCAAAGUGACAGCUGCCACUGGCCAGAAGAAAACUGCCAAGAGGUCCAAGAUCAAGUCUUUUGUGAAAGUUUCUGACUAUAAUCAUUUCAUGCCCACAAGGUACUGUAGGGAUAUCCCCUUGGACAAAACUGUUGUCAACUAG